AUCUUCAAUGUUUAUUAACCAAAGAAUGGUUCUUGUCUAAAAAAUGUGUUCCACGUUGGUGUUUUAUUUUGAUAACUUCCCGAAUUGAAACUAGUCCGGGGUGGAACUGAAAAAUGCGAAUCGUGCCGGUUUUAUUUGCUUUUUUUGUCGUGGUAAACCACUCGGGUGCCGAAUACAAAAAACCUACCUUACUCGUGUCGAUUUUGGUGAGGAAUAAAGCCCACACUUUACCCUAUUUUUUGUCGAAUUUUCAACGGCUGGAUUAUCCAAAAGAUCGGAUGUCUUUAAGGAUAAGGAGCGACCAUAAUUCUGAUGAGAGUCUAGAAAUAUUAAGGCUAUGGAUAGGUUCGGUAAAAAACGACUACCACUCUAUCAACACGGAAUUCAUCGAGGAGGAUCCCCGGUAUCCUCAUGAGACUGGACCAGCUCAUUGGACAACAGACCGCUUCAACCAUGUCAUUAAGUUGAGAGAGUCUGCUUUGGAAGAAGGGAGGAAGAUGUGGGCAGAUUAUCUACUGGCAAUCGACUGUGAUGUAUUUUUAGUGAACCCGAACACUCUGGACCAUCUCAUCUCCAAAAAUCUCACUAUAGUAGCACCGAUGCUGCGGUCUGAUGGCUUGUACUCCAACUUUUGGUACGGCAUGACUGAAGACUAUUAUUACCAAAGAACCGACAUGUACAAGCCAGUUCUGUAUCGUCAAGAAAUAGGCUGCUUUAACGUACCAAUGGUCCAUUCAUGCGUUCUGGUUGAUUUGCGCAAGCAGGAAUCCGAUCAGCUCACGUAUGAUCCCAGUAAGGUUCAAGAUUACAAAGGCCCCAACGACGACAUCAUCGCAUUCGCAAUCAGCGCCAACUUGUCAGGUAUACCCUUGUACCUCUGCAACGAAGUACCAUUCGGGUAUGUAAUGGUACCACUAGAGCAGAACGAUCCGCUGAGCCUAGAUUUGGAGCAACUCACCAAUAUCAAGCUGGAGGUUCUUGAUACCAUGGACGCUCUGUACGUGGACGAUUUAUUUCGGGAUCAUGUUCGGGUUUUGCCAGAAAAAGAUUCUCUGGGAUUCGACAAGAUCUUCAUGAUUAAUUUGCUGAGGAGGCCAGAGAGGAGAAAGAGGAUGCAAGCUUGUUUCGAUGAGCUGGGAUUGGAGGUUGCUGUUGUCGAUGCUGUUGAUGGAAAAACUCUCAACGAGACCUUCCUGGAGAGUAUACAAUUCAUGCCCGAGUUCGUAGAUCCGUAUCACAAAAGGCCAAUGACUUUGGGGGAAAUAGGCUGCUUCAUGAGUCAUUUAAAUAUAUGGAAUGAGAUUGUAAAACAAGGGCACGAGACUGCUUUAGUUUUGGAAGACGACAUACGUUUCGAGCCUUAUUUUCGGCUGAAAGUCCAAAAUGUCAUGGCCGAUGUUAAGAAAAUACCAGGAUGGGACUUGGUAUACUUCGGCCGCAAGCGCCUCCAAGAAAGCGAUGAGCCAUUGGUGGAGGGUUCCAACCUGCUCGUCAGAGCAGGCUACUCAUACUGGACGUUGGGCUACGCGUUGAGCCAACAAGGCGCCAGGAAACUCCUGGAUGCUGACCCAUUAUCUCGACUGGUACCCGUGGACGAAUAUCUACCGAUCCUGUUUGAUAAACACCCGCAGGAGAGUUGGAAGGGUCACUUUCCUCGUAGAAACCUCGAAGCAUUCUCAGCGGCUCCGCUGCUGUUGUACCCCACUCACUACACCGGAGAUAAGGGGUACAUCAGCGACACUGAGGAUUCUGUAAUAGUUCCCGGAGCCCAGUUACCAACUAGGGAGGACCUCUAGUGUAUGUUUGAGGAAGGGGGUGGACCACCAGGAUUUCGAUGUUCCUACUAACUGUGUUUUACUGCCAUAUAGACUAAGAUGAAACACUAGAGGUUGUAUCUCUAUUUUAAUAUAGUUUAAGGGGUCAAAUACUUCAAAAAUUUACACUCCUGAUGCUGUGAUUGACAGGAGUUAAUCGCAAAAGUUCUACACGUUAUUGCAAAUAUCCCACUGCUGACAUCAUUCUCUUUGAUCAAAAGACAUUGUGUUCUUGCCUUAAUUGUAGCUUCUCAGCUGGAGAAUAACUCCUCAACAAUACCAAUCUACCAUAUCCUGAUGUCAAUUCUUUGUCGCAGCUUUGAGGACUUGCAGGAGUAAUGGUGGAAAUUGUCUACCUCAGGUAUUCGAAAAAGAAAUGCAACAUUGAUAGGUCAGGUUAUCUCACCAAACCAUGUGCACCAUCCACAUGUAGUAUCUUUGACUGAAUAGGGAAUGAGGUUACUCCUGUGAGUAUAGUUGUAUCUGAUUGCUUCAACGUUCAAUAUGAAUGUUUACAAAAUAAUUUAUUGACUAGAAUAAUCAGAAUAUGUGGAUGUUCUUGUAGAAAAACUGAUACAGUUAUAAGGAUGGGAUAUGAUGACAAUUUGCCGGAAAACGAAAAUAACGUUUCAGAAGAACCUCCACAUAUCGAUGUUCACCUGAGAGGGUUUUGGAAAGAAUUACCCCAAGAUCGGCAAAAUGGUCAAGUGAGGUGGCCAGAGGCAGAUUAUGCCACCUGAUUUUUCACUGUUGCAUUCUUUUCCCGGAUGCCGGAGUUCGAAAAUGUUCAUUGCCACUCCCACAAAUCCCUGGGAACUGCGACAUAUUAUUGUUAGAGAAAGUCGAUUGCUGACCCCAGACGAGUAGUUUGCAUCUUCAGGAGUACAACUAGUCUUUGUUCUUCCGAAGAUACUAACCAUUCGUGUCGGCGAAACGUUGAGAAAGAGUUUAUAGGGAGCUUCUUCUUGAUGAGCAUUCAUAAUGACCCGACUGGAAAUAAAUUGUUUGUCACAUUGAACUUGUGGGAAUUUAUUCAUCAAUAUAAAUAUGCUACGUACAGGGUGUUCACGGGAUCCGCGCGGCUCUUUCUAGUAGAGAAAUCAACUAUUCCACUUUUUGUAAAAACAGGAAUAAAAAAAUCGUUGAAUACGUAAUUGGGGCACCCUGUACGGAUCAUUUUCCAGAAAACCCGAACUGCUCGCGAACGAAACAUCUCGGUCGAUUCGUUCCGAAAGUUCGCCUACAUUCGGAAGAUUUUCGAAGACGAAGGUAAUUGAAAAUUUCAACUCUUUUCUUCUUCGAAAAUCCUCUGUAUGUCGGCGAACACUCGAAACGAAUCGACCGAGAUGUUUCGCUCGCGAACAGUUCCUGUUUACCUUGGAUAUUCCGUGGCGGGGCUUGAAAGGGCAGUGUGAAGAGAGGAGUGUGGUAAAAGCCAAAGAUUGAAAAACAUCUUCGGUCUUUUUUGGGUUAGAGAGCUGCGCGGAUCCUGUGAGCACAUCGACAGGGUGCUGCAUAAUCAGGAUGCACCUAACAUCCUUCAUUUUUGAAGUGGAAGCCCCAUAUAGGCAAAGACUUGGCAGUAGACUGCACCGAGGUGUUUCUUUCAGUGGAUCAACCAAUGGGGAUGGAGACUGAAAGAAAUAGCUCGGUGAAAUCAGCAGACAACUCUCUGCCUAUCAAGUCCUCACUCGACGAAUGUCGCCUGGAACUUCCAAAGACUCCAAGAAGAAACCGUACGGAACGCGGUGCUGAAGAUCCUCCAAACACCAUCGGAACCAACGUGUGUUUCUCAAACCUUUUAUCGGUUAUCUGGAAAGAUUGCCCUACUUGCGUAGGGCAAUCUUGCUGGUUGACCGAAACUACGUUUGAAGAACACCUUCAGUUCUGAUGGUGUUUGGAGGAUCUUCGGCACCGCGUUCCGUACGGUUUCUUUUUGGAGUCUUUGGAAGUUCCAGGCGACAUUCGUUGAAAAUAACUCUAGUGAGGACUCGCAGUGCGUUUCAACCGCAAAAUACUCACUCCUCGACUCAUAUGAACAAGUUUGUCGCUUGAAUCUGACAAGAAUCAAGGGGUAAACUCUUUGCCCGUUUUUGCAUCUGUCAGGGAUGGUCAUUCCGUAGUUAAGAGGAAACGAUUCCAGUACAGCAGACAACCUUGGACACAGGGAUAUUAGAAUUGAUAUGAUAAAAUCGAUGUUAUUAGUUCAGUGAUUGAUGACUUUAAAAUCAUAAAUCGGUAUUACUCUCUGAAUGACCAACGUCAGAACUGUUUUUGUUUAUUGACUAUCAUAUCCUGACCCACUGAUGUCUGCUCAGAAAUCACCUCAUUUUGAGGGAUGAUAACACGAAGUGAUCAUUUGCAGGCGUCUACCGAAUUUUUUACACACAUUCCCUGCGAAAAACUUCAUUAAGGUUCAGAUUUGUGUCACGUAUUAACUUUCGCUAGGAAUGUGAUGACAAUAGAGUUGAUUCUCUUCUAGGUAGACGCCAGCAUAGAUUCUUUGUCAACACACACGGGUGUUCCUCGUAAAAUAUUCAGAAGCGGUGUAUCCUGAUGUGCACCACCCCUUGUGUGCUAUAGCAUUCUUAUAUUGAUGAAGAUUUUUCCUAGUUUGAGUAAUUGUUAGUGAUUUUGAUGUUAUUCAUUUCGUUGACGUUAUUUUUUGGUCGUCGAUCACAAGUAUGGCAAACAACUAUUAUUUCGAAGACAUAGUAUUCAGUGCCACUAUUUUUCAUUCUGGUUUGAAGGCCGUCACUUUUGUGAUUUUUUCCUAACGUUUCGCCGGCGCGGGUGGUUGACUUCUUCAGAGGUUCAUACAGUUUGAGUUUAUCCGAUGACAUUGGAGAUGAACUCAAGAUGUAUGAACCUCUAAAGAAGCUAGCCACCCGCGCCAGAUAAACGUCAGGAAGAAAUUACAAAAAUCGACGGCCUGAAAACUUGAAAACCUCGGUCGCGAAGGCCUUGAAUAUUUUGAGAUAGUGUUCAGGUCGUUGAAAGAGAAAUAAUGUAGACAAAUAUUGACUCUGUUCCAUGAAACAACGAAAUACUACUUUGAGGAAGUCCUUCGACUUUCAACUUGUCCGCGUCAACAUAAAGAAAUGAAACUUUCGAAAAAAAAAGAAAUUUAAUCAACAUCGUUUGAAAUUAAUUAGAAAAAUGUAUCCACAGACGCUUGUAUCAAUUACACGAAUCGUUUUUUAAAGACAGUGAGUAAAACAACCUCUUUACUCCCGAAGAUUUCAAAAAUUCGUAUCGGCGAAACGCUGAGAAACACCCAAAGCGAACGACCGUCAACAAUUCCGAAAAAUGGCAAAUGCAACUAAACAGAUACAGAAGCAGAUACAGUUCAUUAGAAAAUAUUUAUUUUUAUUCAGGGUGAGAUUUCUGUAUUUGAUAUUUUGUAUGAGAUUUUUUGAUGAAUUGUAUCUUAAGAAACUAAUCGUGGGAUUCAGAUGUUUUCGAAUACUCAUCGGUAUGCAAGUUUUUGGGGUUGACAUUUUCAAAAAUAUCAAAAUAAAAGGGUUUCUGAAAAUAAAAUCUUUUUGAAAAAUUGUUACAAAUCAUCGAAAGCAAUAGACUUAUCGAUCAGACUUCUCAUUUUAUCGACAUUCAGCCUGGUUACUGGCGUAGGGGGCCAUCAGUCCUCUCUUAUUUUUUUCAAUGUUUAUUCAAACAUAAAUUCAUUUCAGAAUGCACUUUAUUUUAAGCUUGCACCUUUUGGACUCCAUUCCGACCAUGACAUUCUCACGUGCCAUCUUUGAGGGUGGCGUUAUCCCUUUUCAUUUGUGAGAUUGGUCAUUUCCAUCAUCACCGACCCGAUCUGCUUUCCCCCAAUUUCAAACUAUUCCCUCAGAUAGAAAAUACCGUCACAUGGUUGCGUAUACACUCCCACCGAAAAAUCCUCUCCGACACCCACUCUGCAUUCUCGUCGUGCUCGCCCCUCUCCAUAAACAAAAUGCUCAUUUUCCCAAGCCUCGCGAGAGCUUCUAGACAUCUGCAAAGAUGCAUCGUCCAAUAGAAUCAAAUUAGCGGCAUACUGGCAAGCACUUCUGGAAUAAUGAAAAGCGAAACUACGUGGAAGUAGUCGUGCGAGAGUAAGAUCAAAAGGAGUUUUAUGUCGCCCUCGGCAUCAAUAAAGUCAUGAACUUUAUUCACGUAGACAUUUAUCAGACAUCACGUUCCUUUCGAAUUAGGUAUGAUGAAGAUUUAAUGGAACGAAACGUUUCGACACAGUCCCGGCGCGGCCGUGGUCUAUUUUUGACGUUCAAUGAAUUCGUUAACGCCUGAGAAGGGUCAAAGUAGAAAAAACCAGUGGACUGGGGUACUCACCUGUUUGAAAAUUUCUCGCCGCUCACAAGUACCAACAGGACAAUUGGUGGUUUCGUGGAAUCAUAUCGAAGGGAUCUGUGAAAGAAAAAUACCUUUCAUACAUCUUUCAAGAAUGUUGCACAAAAAAAUAAUGGUAUGAUAAGGGUUCCAUCGUAGCAUUGUUACCUGAAACAAACGCGACUCAAAUUGGAAAGGUGAUGCUGUUUGUCUGAAGGUAACAGCUCAUAAGGUAAUCCAUCUUCUGUCAGUUGUCCCCUCUCAUCUGUCGUUUGUCAACCGCCAUAUGUCGUUUGUCAACCGCCAUUUGUCAUUUUUCAAUUGUCACCUGUCAUUUGUCAUUUGUUUACAAUUUUCUAUGGCUCCACAAAACCGACUCAUUUUUGUGAAAAGUUUAGUUUCUGACAGUUCCAGUUUAUCAUAUAUACAUUUUGUACUUCAUUUACUACAAAUUUAUAAUUACCACCCAAACUUCUCACCGCAACUUUUUUCUCGCUCUAACCACAAAAUUACAGCCGGCCCGUUAACCAAUUUUCGUGAAUUAAUCACAAAGCCGUCACGCUUCGUGGACAAUUAUUUGGGAUUCUGGUUUCGAUUUUGGCUGAAUUAUGUUCAAACAUGUGUGUAGUAAAUUAUAUUAACAACAAAUCUCGAUGUUGUCAUAACAACAGGGGAUUUACACUUAAUUGAAUUUCACUCAGUAAUACCUAUCACGAUGAUAUGAGAACGCUUUGAAUUUAGUUGAAUUUUGGAAUACUAGUUUCCGAAAUGAGAUUCCGGGAGUCAAAAGAGAUACUUAUCUGUGCAUAUAAAUUGUAAUUAGAGUAAAAUGAUAUCAAAAAGUGAAAAUGUACAACACUAUGAAGCUAAUUCAUAGAAAAGUGACUCUUUCUCUCUUUUAACGGCCCUGGCUUCUCAUUCGGGCGCAUUUAGCCAGCCCCCUCCUACCAGCAGUUGACAGCAGCUUCGUUGGAGGGCGCAGCGGUCUUGCUUGAAGCAAAACUGCCUUCCCGAGUUUUAUAUCAUAUUCUUUUUUAUAAAAAAACACUUUACUUUUUUGCAAUCGUCUCCCCCUGGAAAUACCUUCGGGUUUUAAAAAUUCAUAUACACUAUACGUCUGUUCACCACCACAGCCACCAUGAACCUCAGAAAAAUGCAUCAUAGAUUAUUGAAAUAUAGAAAUCAUAGACUCAUAAACUCACAGAACCCAUGAAAUGCCUUAAUGAAAUGAUGUCAAAUCCAUACUGAAAGAACAAGCCACUCACUGAAAAGUUAUAAGACUUCACUAGGCAGACAAAUGCAUUUGAAUCAAAACUAACUCAUCCUAACCUUACUUUUCCCGACUUUACUUUUGAGCAAAAUGUACGCAUGUCUGUAGCUGAUGAAGAAGAACCAAGCCUAACCUGUGCUUGACACGUUUGAACGAAUGUGUAAAUCUAAAUUGUACGCGUUCUGUGGAAGAGUUCUUCUACUUGAAGUGAAUGAUGUUGAAAGAAUGAUAUUUUUUAUUUGUAGGACUAUAUUUGAAGUAUUUGGUCCCCACAACUUUUGGAUUUUGUGAAAUAUUCUGCUUGAACAUACUAUUUCUCCAACUUAUGAUCUGAAGCAAAUCUAUUUUUAUAUACUUUCAGACAGAUUUUUGUCAGUUAUCUGAAAAUUGAUGGAAGUAUCUUGUCAUUCAUGUUCAAAUAGGCGAAAGCUUGAAGGUUAUCUCUUGAAACUCAAGGUUUUAUUCAGUUAUUGAAUAGAACAGAGCUUGAAUAGCUUCAAGCUUUCUAUAUCGUGUAUAAACAUUAGAUUUUUUUAUGUGCCAUAUUUUUUUAAAUGUUUAUUUUUCUAAAGUGCCUUGUAUUUUAUAAAAUAUGUUACUUGUACCUAACAAUCUAAUAUUUAUGCGAUAAAUAAAGAGAUUUUAUUAUUAA